AUGGACACAUCACAGGACUCGACCAGCCCUCUCCAACCCCAGCCACAGCCUCAUUCCUCGCAGCAGAAGCAUACAAAAACAGCGAUGACCCGAUCAACCCAACCAGUCCGGCGCCUCCUGAUCUUCCAGGAAACGCGCAACCCACAAAACACCGCCGAAGUCGCCUACCUCCCCGUCAACAAACUGGGUCUGCCUAUCUGCGGCAAUGGCCCCGAUCUCCCAAAUAUCCUGGAACUACCUCUGCGCGUUGUGAAGGCGUUCACGGAGAUCUUCAAUCAGCCAAAGUAUAAGGGAUGGUAUGUAUAUUCUCCUUUCUUCUUUCAUUGGUUAUUCUCUGUCGCUAACCAUGCCAAUUAUGUUAGGUCUGUCCUCUCUGCUGGUCCAUACCACGAUAAAGUCGAGGAAGGAAAAUUCUACGCCGUUGUUCUCGAGCAGACGCAAGGCCAUCAGGAGAUGAGUUCUGGGACGUAG